AUGGGCGACCGCAAAAUCUCAACCGUCAUUGAGCGGCCCCUCCCAAAUGCGGUCACUUACGAUCUAUCGACAACCGGGCAGGUAAAGAUCACGCUUCCAGAGUCCUCGACCUGGUCGAGUGGCCUGCACUGGCACGAAACCCACGACGAGUACCUCAAAGUUAUCAAGGGUACGAUUCGCGUACAGCUCGGGAGUACGAUACAAUGCAUCAGCGCAACCGAGAAUGAGCAGCCUGAAAUCAAGGUUGCACGCUAUGUGUGGCACGAGUGGCAGCGCGCAGUACCCGAUGGAGAAGUGGUGGUGAUUGAGAGGACGGAGCCUGACGAUAAUGAGAAGGCAAUCUUCUUUUGGAAUCUCAAUGGAGUCAUCUUGGAUGCCCCGAGACUGUUGAACGAUCCUUCAUCUCUUAUCUCACGACUACCUGGCAAAGCUCAGGGCCUGGCCCUCGACUUUUGGAUCACUCUCAACCUCUUUGUCAUUUUCAACUAUCUCGACAAUAUUCCAGUCUUUUUAAAUGCGCCAAAAUUCGCCAAAAGAUCCAACAGAACUAUCAUAUCCUGGCUACGGGGCUUGGACUGGUUGGUAUCUCACGCUAUUUUACUUCUGGCAUCUUGGGGAGGGUGGGCACUUGGAAUACGACCGGUCAACAGGCAGUUCACUCCAGCCGAUGCCUAUAGCACAUGGUGGUCAAACAAAAAGGAAAGACGGAACAAGGUAGCCUAG